GGCAACCUCAUAGCGACAGCACAGCGAGGAGAGGAAGGUCCUCGUGUUUUGUUGUCUGUAACUCGAAAAGAAAAGUAAAUGUCUUACACUAAGUUCGCAGCAGCCCUUGUUAGGGCGAACCCGGGCAAUGUGAGGAAUGUACGCAUAUCACCGGGAAGAUGUCGAUCAACAGUGGCAUCCACCAAGAGCAAAGAAGAGACACAUCAACAGAUCGAUGGCUGCAGCGUGGUGGAAGCCGAGCCAGUGGAACUCAUCAGCCAGGGCACACAUGUCAAAAAGACACUGUUAAAUAAAAUUAGCAUCGACUUCGACAACACACAGGAAGCCUACAGAAGCAAAGGAAACAUUGAACUGCUUCGAAGUCUGCUGGUCUUCAAGCUCUGCACUAUUGAUGUCCUUGUUGAAAAGAACAAAGAGUUGAUGGACCUGACUAAGAAGGUGUUUGGUCAGUGGAUGUUUGAGAAGAUGAUGAAGUUGACCUUCUAUGGUCAGUUUGUGGCAGGGGAAGACCACAACUCCAUCAAACCUUUAAUCAGGAAGAACCAGGCUUUUGGUGUUGGGGCAGUUUUGGACUAUAGUGUUGAAGAGGACUUGACACAAGAGGAGGCAGAGAAGAAGGAAAUGGAUUCAUGUGUUUCUGAAGCAGAGAAAGAUAGUCCAGGAGUGGAUCAUCGCGAAAAGAAAUACCAAGCCCAUCGUCAGUUUGGGGACAGGCGUGGAGGGGUCACUAGUGCUCGUACCUACUUCUAUGCAGAUGAAUCCAAAUGUGACAACCAAAUGGAGACAUUCAUUAACUGCAUUAAAGCCUCUGGAGGAGCCUCAACAGAUGGAUUUUCUGCCAUCAAAAUGACCGCUCUUGGACGGCCACAGUUCCUUCUCCAGUUUUCCGAAGUCCUGGUUAAAUGGAGGCAAUUCUUUAAAGUCCUCUCAGCACAACAAGGAAAAUCUGACAUGAAUGUUUUGGAACAAAAGCUGGAGCUGGAUCAACUCAAGGAAAGUUUGAUUAAAAUGGGUGUUGGAGCUAAGGACGACAUAGAGAACUGGUUAACUGGAGAGAAGCUGGGUUUGUCAGGAACUUUGGACCUUUUGGACUGGAACAGUUUGAUAAACGAUACAACAGCAAUCUCCAAUCUGCUUAUGGUGCCAAACCUAGAGACAGGCCAUCUGGAACCUUUAAUGAAAACCUUUACAGCUGAGGAGGAGAGGCAGAUGAAGAGAAUGCUGCAGAGAGUGGAUGUUCUGGCAAAGCAUGCCAUGGAGAACGGGGUCAGGCUGAUGGUGGACGCCGAGCAGACGUACUUCCAACCCGCUAUUAGUCGACUGGCGCUGGAAAUGCAGAGGAAAUUCAACAGAGAGAAGCCCAUCAUUUUUAACACUUACCAGUGUUACCUCAAGGACGCCUAUGACAAUGUAACAGUGGAUGUUGAGCUUUCUCGACGGGAGGGCUGGUACUUUGGUGCCAAACUGGUCCGUGGAGCCUACAUGUACCAAGAGAGAGACCGGGCCAAAGAGAUCGGCUACGAAGACCCGAUAAACCCCGACUAUGAGGCCACCAACAGGAUGUAUCACAAGUGUUUGGAGUACGUGCUGGAGGAGAUUGAUCACAGCAGGAAAGCAAAUAUCAUGGUGGCAACUCACAAUGAGGACACGGUGAAAUACACCCUUGAAAAAAUGAAUGAGAUGGGCCUAUCUCCCGCCGAGAACAAGGUUUACUUUGGACAGCUGCUCGGCAUGUGUGACCAGAUUAGCUUCCCGCUAGGUCAAGCAGGUUUCCCGGUCUACAAGUACGUUCCAUACGGCCCCGUCAACGAGGUCAUCCCGUAUCUGUCGCGCCGCGCUCAGGAGAACCGAGGCUUCAUGAAGGGAUCGCAGAGAGAGCGCAGCCUGCUGUGGACCGAGCUGAAACGCAGAGUGCUGGCUGGACAGAUUGUAUACAAACCUGUGUACUGAGUCACCUGACCACAACAUACUACCUGCAGGAUGUCUGUAAGCAUUCCACCGGCUAACUGCGCUUCAUAGAGGAAGAGUAAUGUCUCUCCCUGGCUGGUUAGGUUGCACAGUACCGAGGAAAGUUUUGCAGUUUUACUGAGAUUUAGUUUGCGAUGGAGAUUAUUUUUGCAUUUAGCAGUAUAUUUAUAACAGACGUGUUAAAAAACAGUGCCAUAAUGAAACAUUGAUGUGAUGCUCUAUUUAGAAGUGAUGAUUUAUUUGUGUCUAUUUAACUAGGAUAACUCUCUGAAUCACCUCCAAAAUGUAUGUAUGCUAACCAGAGCUAAGUUGUAUAUAGAUAUACACGUUUUUUUAAAUGGUAACAUUUUAAUGUCAGUCAGCGACUAUAACACUUCUCUGAGGGGAUUGUAAAUACUUAGCAUCUUUUAUUGAUAAUACUGUAUCUCAUUGUAUAACUUAACAAAAAUAAAGAAGGCCCAGGCUCCACGGGAACCAAACGCAUAGGAUUAACGCAAACGCAAUCGACAAAAAGCUUCCGUCCACACGCAAUAUACACCGGAUAGUGUCUUGCCACACGAGACGGCUCCGUUUAGAUCCAACCGCUGGAAAAGCUGCAGUACAUAUGCCGAGCCUGUACGUGGCGCUGUAACUUCCUCCACAAAAGCAGCGAAGAAGAAUUGUUGUCAUGGCUGCACUUCUGUUUAUUCUCCGCGGUGGGGCCGAGGGAACCGGGCAGAGUUUUUCGCCGGUCAACGUGUGUUAAAGUUGAAAUCUUCCGGACAAAAUUAUAAAAGUGCCGGUCCGGGCAGGGUCCGUUUCUACCGUUCCGUUACGGCGUCGUGUAGCUUAAAGGGCUAUACGCAAGAGAAAUAUGCGGAUACAACCCGUUUUCGUUCCCGUGGAGCCUAGGCCUUUCUCUUAUUGUAAACUGUUCACCUUUAUCUGCUGUGGGUAUCUGGAAAUGAGCUAACUACCUAUGACGUGAAAGUAGCUGUUUACUGUAGCUAACCUUCAUUCACCUACAACAAAAGAAACAUCUUUCACGGUCCGAUCGUGACUCACUGUGAUCCAUUUUAGAGGAUCAAUAACACCUAGUGUGCUUUAAUAUUGGACAUGGGUAUGAUGGUCAUGAUUUCAUAUGUGUCUGAAGUCAACAGCACCAACAAGAUGUUCAAAGAAGAAAACUAUAAAUGUUUGUGCUCUUUGUUCCAAAAACAAGCCACAAUAACAGCUGUCAGGCCCAAACUGUCAGAAAUGUUGCAUGAUGUGCAUUGGCGGGGAAACUGCCUGUAAGUAUAUUUGUUUUUGUUGUAAUUCAAAAGUAAUGGUUGUGUAAAUAUAUCUGGUUAGUGGUUGAUUGAAUGUAAUGGAAAAUAUAUAUUUUAAACUGCUGUUUUUAUGACUAUAAAUUAAUACUGUAAAUUGUCCUUAUAAAAUUGAAAACUAAAUCGAAGUUGACCCUUUUGUAAAAAAAAGGAUUUUUGGACUUGCAAAAGCCCUUUGUCUUUAAUAAAGUUGCUGUUUCCAUGUGAA